AAGAAGAAAUACGACUACAACCCAGUAAUCGGCCCACUAGCUAACUAUUGGAUCAGAGAACAUACCCCCUUACCUUACCCAGAACAUAGGGGUGAUAUUUUGUGCUAUUGGAUUCGCAACUGGAUAAACCUUGUUCUAUGCUUCGCAAGCAGUCUUUAUCUAUGCCCGCAAGAGUUAUGGCUUUAACGCCUGCUUCAAAAAAACUUUUACUUCUCGGUGGAGUUGCUUUAACAUUGCAUGCAGGUUUUGUGUUCAUAAAACCCUUAGUUGCACCUGAAAAGAAGGUAAAUACCGAUACCUUAGAUAAAGUGAAAAGCAUUUAGCUCACUUUGCCUCUGAGAAAAAAUCGUAGUUUAUCCUCAGUUUUUCCGACUAUAAACGCAUCACCCAAAUCACGCUGCAAUUGCGAUUACGACUGCGGCCAAACGCACCGAAACCGUUUAGAUUAAUAUAAAAAUGGGCUUUGGAGACACACUCAAUCAACUACCUGAAGGGCUCAAGCAAGGCGAUGGUGCGCCACAGAAGAACGAUUUCGAUCUAAUCGCGUCGCCAGAAACUUCUUCAAAGAAACGCAGGGUCGAAUUGAAAAAGCAUGAAUGUCCUGAAAUUGGUUGUAGCGCUAAGUUUUCGCGCCCCUAUCGGCUAAAGAAUCACAUUUUGACUCAUCAUGGAGAUGCAGGAAAGCCAUACAAAUGUACUUUUGAAGACUGCAGCAAAACGUAUUCUAGUCAAUCGCAUUUGAAACGGCAUGAAAUUGCAGCGCACCUUGGUGAAGAUGUUGAAUCAACGGAGGUUUUAUGUGAGGAAGAAAACUGCGGACUGAUUUUCUCCAAUAAAUAUAACUUGAAAAAGCAUAUUGCACGCAUCCACGCAGAUUUACCGUUUGAAUGUCACACGUGCUCUGAAAAGUUUCGACGAAAAAGUCAAUUAAAUGUACAUAAAGUUGAAAUUCACACAGAAGAAGCACCAUAUAAUUGCAAGGAUUGUCCUAAAACAUUUGUUCAGUUCCAUCAAUAUCAGAAACAUCAAAGAAGCCACAAAAACUACAAAUGCGACUGUGACGAAAUUUUCAGUAGGUGGACAGAGUAUUUGAAACAUAAGAAAACUAGUUGCUCCCUACCAAAAACGCAGUAUACUUGUGCGAUUUGCAACAAAACAUUUAGUCUAAAGCAAAAUUUAGCCGAGCACUGUCUUCACGUGCACUUGCCUGAUAGUCGAAGCGAGGUCUUUAAAUGCUCUUAUAUAGACUGUAAUCGAUCUUAUCAUUAUAAGAAGAAUUUAGAUUUCCAUAUAAAAAAAUUUCAUAGCCAGAUAGUCGACUACCAUAAAUGUACAGUAGAGAAAUGCGGGAAAGUACUGAAGUCAAAAAAAAAUUUAAAACAACACUUACGGCUUUGCCAUAGUGAUAAACCUUUGACGGAAAAAGUACGCAGGAAACCAAGAAAUAAUUAAAUAAUAAAGAAACUUUAAUCAAAAAUUAAAACCUCAUUGUGUUUUCGUAUUACUAAAUAAAUAGUCUCAAAGUUU